UCAAGUAACGCCAUUUCCAAUCGUCUCCUCAGUCCUCGCCAUCACUGUGACCAUGGAACCCUUACUUCUCCUGCUAUUAUGCGCCUGGAUGCUCACUACCCCCACUCCCUCCCACGCCACCGCCGCAUAUCCCACCGUCCCCGGCACUUCCGCCGCCGACUGCUCGCUGGCUGGUGGAGAGGAUAGCGCUCUGACCCCUAUCCGGCGGGAGGUGUACGGCGACGGCCGAAUCUUCGAUAUCAGCCACAGGUACACCCCGGACAUGCCGUCGUGGGAGUCCGAUGACGGAAUCGGCGACUUCCUCUCGCUCCCGAAGAGCAUGAAGAACGGCUCGCUCGCCAACAACUCCGAGAUGAAGCUCCCCGCUCAUACAGGCACGCACGUCGACGCUCCAGGACACGUCUUCGAUCACUACUUCGAUGCUGGAUUCGACGUCGACACGCUUGAUUUGGAAGUUCUUAAUGGUCCUGGGUUGUUGGUUGAUGUUCCAAGAGACAACAAUAUAACUGCUGAAGUUAUGAAGUCCUUAAAUAUUCCCAAGGGGGUUCGCCGUGUGCUCUUUAGAACGUUAAAUACUGACAGACGACUUAUGUUUAAAAAGGAGUUUGACACAAGCUACGUGGGAUUUAUGAAGGAUGGAGCAAAAUGGUUGGUGGAGAAUACAGAUAUCAAACUUGUUGGAAUUGAUUACUUAUCUGUUGCUGCCUUCAAUGACUUGAUUCCUUCUCAUCUUGUUUUUCUAGAAAACAGAAAAAUCAUUCUUGUGGAAGGGCUAAAACUCGAUGACGUUCAACCAGGAAUAUAUUCUAUCCAUUGCCUGCCUCUAAGAUUGCUGGGUGCUGAAGGAUCUCCAAUAAGAUGCAUUCUCAUAAAGUGAUCUUCUUUACCCAGUAAGUUUUUGUUUCUAAGUAAAGAACUUUUACUAUUGGACUCCAAACUUGAUUUCAGUACUACAUCGUGAUGACACGAUCAUCUUAUCAUCACUUUACAUUUUUCUUGCAUCUAUUUGGGUUUGAUGCUGGCUUAUCGAUUUAUGUUAUGAUGACACGUUCAUUUGUAGCAUGGAAUGGGAUGUUAAAAGAAUUUUAGGCAUGUAUGGAUCGAGAAAUAGAUGUAUUGAAGAAACACACAAGAAUUUUGGACUCCA